CCAGAGCUCCAGGGAAGGGCUACCGCAGAGCAGGGACAGUCACCUGUCUUGAGCGAGGAUCACUGCAGUCACCUGUCUUGAGCGAGGAUCUCUGCGUCAGCCCCAGCUGUGGCAGGCCAUGAGUUCUGAGCUCUCCAUCGUCUUGCAGGAACUCCCAGGCCCGUUUCUAGUCCUGGGGAUCUUCUUGCCUGUGACUUUGCUGCUUUUCCUCCUGAUUGCCUACUUCAGGAUCAAAUUGAUGGAGGUUGAUGAAGAACUGUCUCAAAUUUCUGAUCGCCAAAACAAGUACAGUCCUUCCCUAUACAGGCGGAUGAGACGAAGAUGACUGUGGGGAUCAUUCAGUGGACAAAGAACCAUGAAUUUCACAGGCCAUAGAACAGUGGUCAACAGAUCCUUGGGGGAAAUGAGAACAGUGGAUACAUCAGCUACUACUAGAGGACUUCUGUGUGAUCUGAUGUUAAUGGCAGUUCUUCAGAAAGUACCAAGGACUUAAAAUUUUCUUUCAUAUGCUCAAUGCAUGAGGCACAUCUUGAGUUUCUUUUGUUAUGACUGUGUUUACUUGGAAGAGUGUUUUUAAAAUAAAACUUGUAGACCUAAUCACAU